AUGUCCGAGUUGUGUAAAGACUCGUGGACAGGGAAACAAGACACCUCGCCACGUGCCCUUCAGUAUCUGUCGAACACCUAUCGCUGUAUAGCCCGAAAUAUACGGCAUUAUGAGACUGUACCAGACUCUACAGUCGCUGCAGUCAUGUCUAUGGCCCUCCAUGAUGAUUUUCGAGGACAGCUGAGUCGUAGUAAGGUCCAUAUAGAUGCAUUAGAGCACUUAAUCGAGCUUCGUGGUGGCAUCGCUACGCUGGAACCCAAUUUCAUUUUCGCCCAAAAGGUCUGCAGAGCAGAUAUUGAGUUCGCACUCCACGAUGGAUCACGGCCACGCUUCUAUAGAGACGAGUUUCCUCGGAAGAUCUUCACAAUGAUGUUAGAGCCCUCGAACACGUGGGGUAAUUACACUUAUCCGGCUGCAGAGAGGUGCCAUCGCGAUAUAGCACAUGUCUACGCGGACAUCAUGGCUGUCUCAGGUCUCCUUAAUAGUGACCGUGCCUGCUUCAAACUUGAGCCUGAUAUAUACCAAGAGAUUUUAAUCUCUGUCUGCUAUCGUCUGCUAUACUCCUACCCGCUAGCUGGUAAAAGACCAGAAAGCAAUAAAGAGUGUGCAAUUCAGCUUGGACUACUGGCACUAAUGACUACUAUGCUUUUCCAGCAUGGCAGGUCUCAGCGACUCUCAUAUAAGCUCCUCGCGAUGCUUCUCAGAAACAUCUUCCUUAGCCCUACUGGCGAGCUACUGUUAGAGGAAAAGACACGUCUCUGGCUCCUUUUCAUUGGUGGUAUUUCCGUGUUUGAAAUUAAGGAUAGAGACUGGCUUGUCCCUCGCAUCAAAACUUCUCUCCGUAACCUAGAUGUGAGCAGCUGGGAUGAUGCUCUUACCGAAAUCAAAAAAUUUCCUUGGAUCGAUGCAUUUCAUCACGGGCCAGGUCAAGAGCUAUGGAAAGUUGUAAUCUGGGAAUAA